CGUUUUUUCCCCGCGUAAGUCGGUCUCCGUCCCGCUCGCCGGCGUACCUCUCUCCCACCCUCUCUUUCUGUCGGGCACCGGCAACGCAGAACCGGCACCGGCACCGAAGGGCUGCAGUUGCGAUCGGAUGAUCGACGAGUGCGCGUCUACUUGUGCGCGUCGCCCGGAAUGUUCGCUUGCCGUCCCGAAAUCGUUCGCGUGACCUGUCCACGGUGAACCGGAGCCGAGACGCGUUGGAGCCGAAGGCUGCGCGGCGACCGGAAACGAGAGAUGUUUACGGGGAUCCGCCAGGCUCACGUAAUCUCCAGACGCGCUGCGCCGCACAGCGUCGCCGGGACUCUUCAGUAGUCUGAAAGCCGAGGAAUCCGGUGGUGCAUCUAAAUAGGGAGGACACUGGUAGCUGAAGAGGGACUAAACGCCGGCGAAGACGAACGGGAGGGGGCCGGUGCGGGCCACCGGGACACUCUCGAGCCCUUUCUGCCUCCAGGAUGUCGUACACCAAUCGAUUCCCGCCUUCUCAGCACACUCGUUAUCGCAGCAGCUGGGGGCCGUCUUCGGUGACUGUGUUCAAUCGGGCGGACGUACCGAGGCCUUCGCCGGAAGAGGAAGAAUACGCCGACUUUUAUCACGAGCGUCUGCACUCGGCCCAGAGCAGACAGUUGCUGCCGCUCCAGGAGGACCUCGCCGAUUGGAUCAAUAAAACGUUGAACACGGAAUAUGUAACCGGCGAUAAUUUCUUCGAUGCUCUCGACAAUGGGGUGGUGGUGUGUCGAUUGGCGAGAGUCAUUCAGGAGAAGGCGAGGGUGGCGGUCGAUGCUGGGAGAGCUAAAGGGCCGAUACCAGCGAUAAGGGGACGAUGCUGGGAGAACGCAGCCAGACGAAGUUUCUUCUCCCGCGACAACAUGGAGAACUUCAUCCAAUUCUGCCGGCGUUUGGGCGUUCACGAGAACCUCCUAUUCGAGAGCGACGAUCUGGUUCUCCACGGACAGCCACGGAACGUCGUGCUGUGCCUAUUGGAGGUGGCUCGAUUGGCUUCGAUCUAUUCCGUGGAGCCACCGGGACUCGUGCAGCUUGAGAGGGAAAUUGCCGCGGAACAAGAGAGGGAUCUUCACUGUUUGUCCGAUAGCGGUAUAUCUCACAGCAGCCUCGUCUCUUGGCAAUUCCAAUCACCGUCCCCGACCGCGACGCCUAGACCACCAGCCGAGAAGAUAAAACACAGCAGCUCGGCGUCGGAGGUGGCGUCGUCGGCGACAAGAUGGCUGGACACAACGACCGGUGCCACCCACGAACCUGAAAUGCGGCGGUCGGUUAGCGAUAAUGGGCCACAGGGUAGCGAUGGCGUGCCCAGUGAUACUACGGAAGACGAUUGGUCCCGUGGAAGCGCGGAAGAUCCAGACGAGGUUCCAUCACCGUCGAGUUCACCUUUGCCCUCGCCAGCCGAGCCGCCGGAACACACGGGCCCCAUAACGGAACUCGAUCGCAAGGUAAGGAGAGCCACGGAGGCUGUCCAGAGACUCUGCCAGUGUCCCUCAGAAAAGUGCUCUAAAUUGAAGGUGCGCAAAGUUGGCGAAGGUCGAUACCACAUCGCGGGACGAAACGUCUUUAUCAGGUUGCUGAAGGGUAGACACAUGAUGGUCAGAGUGGGCGGUGGCUGGGACACCUUGGAGCAUUUCUUGGCGAGGCAUGACCCCUGUCAGGUGAGGACCCUCAACCGCGAGAGCACGUCGCCUUCACCCCACGGCAACAAGCACACCAACUUUCUUCCCAUUCGCGCCAAGUAUCGCAGCCCCCCGGCGGAAUUCGUCUCGGCCCGCUAGCCUAAAAGCACAGUGCCUGUUACAAGUCCACGCUACUUCACGUUCAUGCUGCUGUUAGUCUGUUACGUACAAGUAGAGUACGGGAUACGUCGACAGGGUGGCGUCGCGAGGCAGAGGCGCGGUUUGUCUGUGCGCGCGAGAGGUGACUGAACCGUGACGUGUUUUUAGGGGAACCAACGCUGAUAGGAUAGACGCUGGGGAUUACGGGCACGAUCGAUACUCGAACUAUUAGGUGGUAACGUACAUAAGUUCGGUUUAAAGUAUGAACAUGUUAUAAUUUUGAGAGUGCAAUGAUGACCCAUUGAAAAUACGUACGACUGCGACGAAGAAGAAGCUACUUAUGGUCGAUUCCUAAUGUUAUUUCGCUGUUGCGUGAAGCUGUCGAGACAAACAAAUGUUCAAUACAUCCGAAUGUGUUUAUGUUACGACCCGAUAUUUUUUUAAUCGCAUUGAGGGAUGGAACUUAAUGAAAAACAGCUUCCUUCAUUCCAACCACUGUACGGGUGCGUUGAAGAUAUUGAGGGAUUCGUGGGCCUCGCCGGAUUGAUAACGUCGCCAACGUUUGUCCGCUAUCAGCGAUCGGUCCCCUGGUACGCGUGUUUUCGAGUCACGCCUAUGCUAUCACACAAUUACUUGUCUUCUAUUCUCGUGGUUACGUACACGUUGGUACCAAGUGCACCUAUCUCUUAGAUUGGAUAAGUUAUACAGGGGAUGGCACUAUUUUUUCUUACAUGUCAUGUAACAACGGCUGGGGAGCACUAAUUAUCGCAGCGUACAUCCUUGCAAGCGUGUUAAUAUGUCAUCUUUUUGCGCGAAAACUCGAGCGGGUUGUACCGUUACAUUCGAGUAUUUACCUCCUACUAUUAUUCGCUCUUCUAUCGAUUAAUCUUCGACGAAUGUAUGCGUAUUUACAUUUAAUCGUUUCCAUUGUGUCCUAUCGGGGCGUGCGUCGCGUUUCUAUAGGAUGCGUACGACGGACGGGGUGGGGCAGCUAAGUGGCACCACUUGGGUAACACUGAAAAUUGCUUCUGGCGAAUAUCGUUUAAGACCGUCGGUGUAGCAGCGCGAUUAAAAUUUCUUUUUAUACUCUGUAUGUUUGCGAGUAUAUCCGGCCGCCUUUAGUAUUUUAAACGAAAGAUUAAAAGAUUGAAGGUGACGGUCGAGGACCUUGAAAAGUGUGAGCGUGUCAUCGGAUUUUUCACGCUGCACGGUGUACUUUGAAUCGAUUGUUCGUUAAAUUAUCGAGGAUUCUGUAAACUCUUGUUCUCCACCCACAUGUGUAAAUGCAACGUGCAUAUUUAUUUGUAUUUCUACCGUUAAUUACUCGCGUAAUAAAAGUACAAGACUAUUUUCUGUACGAUAUUCACUCGCUUCGUCGCUUAAACGUUUAAUCCUUUCGAUGCUUUGAGCGCUUAAGGACUUGAUCGAAGCAAUUUUCGAUCGCCGAUCGACCCGUAUUAGGCGCGAUUCAAUACGUACACGUACGAACGUGGAUUACACGAGCGGGAUUGUCCGUUAAACGCUCAAAUCCCUAUAUAGCAUCGAAAGGGUUAAGUGUCAUGCAUUCCACGGAUGACAGGCAUAUUGACGCUUGAUUUGGAAAUUGUCUAACAGAAAUAGACAGGAGGGCAAUGCACCUGGUAGAGGUAGCUUUACGACCGCAAUGACCAAAGUUCGCAAAUGGUAUGUUGAAACGACGCCAGUGACAAAUAAUUGGAAUGUCAUUUACAGUGAAGAUAACGAUCCAACGGUCUAAUUGUUCCAAUUGUAACAAUGGUUGGAUCAAACUCGAUUGGCUGCUGAAGGUUGCUUCACCCAUUCUAGCGCCACAAGGGCUUUUAUACUCUGAUAAGAUAGAAAAAAUUCCUUUAAUGGGUGAGACUAUUAUAUUGAUGGCACCUACGUUUAGGGAACGCCGUGUGUUCCGUCAACGGUUUCGCUUGACUUUAAAAUUCUUGUAAUGAUUAUUUUAAACAAACUGCCAAAUUUGCUAAUGGAUCUGUUCUAAUUUGUUCGAACGGUAUUUUCGCGUCAACAGAAUGUGUGACGAUGAUAGCUAGAACAGAAAGUAGGGGUAACUUUCAUCAGAGGCCUUGAGCGACCAAUUGACUUACUUCCAACUUGACGAUACUUCGAGCACUACGCGCGCGAGUGAUUAGAAGGAAGUGCAAUUAAGGACUCAGGUAAUAUCAGCCUAGGUCAAGAGCUUCGUCCCCUUAACGUUACAUGUAAUUGUACUUUCCAAUUAAACGAUUCCGUCUUGUAAAACUACAGUUUAAGAUUUUGAUGACUCUUCCAAGAUUGUGCAAUGCAAUCUGCUUUCAGAGACAUUGGAGUAUCUCAUGUAACUUUGUACUUGGUCAUUGCUGCAGCCUGCGAAGGCGAAUCUCGUAGUGCACUUAAAUAUCUCUAGGCACAUAGAUUAUAAAUUAUAACAAAUGACAGGGUCGGUUACAGUAUACACAGUUCCGUUGUAAAUGUUUACUGUCUUGCCGUUCAAAUAAUUAAUCGACGAUUAAUUGUCCAAUUACUUAGUGUUACGGACCUCAAUGGACGAAAUACGAUAAAUCAUUUUGUUCUUACUAUCGCAAAGUUUUAUAAUUGCGGACUUUUUCGUUCGCAAGAUAAUAACAAAGUAAUUAUGUUUCUUUUACAACGGCGUCAUAUCAGCCGACCCUGAAAUUAAUCAUUACACUUUGGCACAUUAAUCGAUGCGUACUCAAAUCGGCUAACUCGCAAAAUGCUUCACGAUAACUGCCAUAAUACAUAUAUAUAUAUAUUUAUUUACAUACAUAUAAAUAUAUAUAUAUCUAUGUUUUGUACUUUUAUAAUAAAUACGUAGGUUAAGGGAUUUACAAAGGACGUUAUCGUCGAAAUUACAUUACGCGAUGUGUUUGUUGGGUUCACAGAAAUGCAAGGGCACAGGAAUGUGCAAAGGAAUACCAAAGCAAAGAAAUAUGCGACGAGUAAUGUCGGCACGUUGAGGCUAUUGUCGUUCGAGGAUUUUUUUGUUAGACUUUUUCCUAUUCUGUUCAAUUGACCAUCGUAUCGUAGGAUUCUUAUUUCGUACAUCAUUGUUCGACGCGUAAUACGUAAUCCAUUCUGUGUUGUGGUUUCGUUCGUAUUAUCGCGCAGAGACUGUAUUUAUUUUGUAAAUGGUGAACACUUAUAAACCGCGAUGCAACGAGACGUGUUUAGUGCAUUACGCGUAGAAUCAUUUUUUGCUACGCGAACGAAACAAUUCCGCCAUAUUAUACUACUGUAAACGCGUUACUUGGUAAGUCUGUCUAUUAUAGUCCGAUUAAGUUAUUUGUACCUGCUUGCUUUCACGCAGAGUAUUCAAUACGUUUUCAUCCUUCUUUCUUUGUUCGUGAAACGAAUCUUUUCAUUUGGAAAUGAGUUUUCAUCUGAAGUAUUAAUUAGAUUGCCGUCGUGUGAUGUUAUUACUAGAUGAACCACAAGUCUCGAAGAGAAACUGAUUUGUUCUUAGAAUUUUAUUACACCCGGAAACUGUGUUGAGAGGUAAAUUAAUCUAUGAAAAUUUACUAAGUUGAUUGUGAACACUUCGCCGCACGAUGGCCAUUUGCAAUGUAUUUUUUUCCUCGAUUUGUGAUAUAAUCAUAUUAUAUGUAUUAUUUUCAAUUCUUGCUUCACGUUAGCAAUCAAAAGAUGCUUUCGUAAAAUCUAGGUCGUAAUCAUUUCAUAUAUUCCACGUAAUGCGUACGGCUAAUAACGUUAGGUUUACGUAAGUACGAUGCAAUUGUGUUAAUUGUUAUAUUUUGUUGAACAAUAAAAUAUUUAAUUACGGAUUCGCUCGUGUCUACGACAAUGGAAAUUCGAAGACGAAGCCGUUCGAACGAGUCGAUUCAAUAAGUAACAAAUAUAUUUUUAUUUAUUCUUAUGGUGGAUAUGUUAUUACAAACAGUAACUUAAAUUUGGUAAACAUCACUAUUGUCAUGAUUAUCAGUCUGACAAGUAAAAUUUAUAAUUAUACAAAUUAUGUAAGAGGAAAUUAUAGCGCUUUCUAAACUUUGGAUAA